ACAAUUCGAAUUAUCCAUCUCCCGCGGCGCGCACCCACCUUCCAUCUAGGGGAAGCAAGCUGGUUAUUGGGGUGACGAGCUAACGAUCGAUGGCCCGUUUAGUUAGAGAUGGUGGUCGUGGACGUGGAGUGGCGGCGGUGGAGGAGACGGCUCCUCUGCCUCUGCCUCCGCCGCCGCGCCUGGCGUCGGCGGCGAUAUCGUCUUCGUCGCCGGCGUCUAUCCGAGCGUUGCUUGCGAGGACCGGUGGCGGGACCGGCGGGGCGGACUGCCAGCAGUCGCCGCGGUCGCUGCUGUCGCGCAUCCUGUUGCGCGGCGGCGAUCAUAACGGCGGGAACGGAGGAGGGUCGUUCGGGUGCCGGGUCAGGCUGCCGCGACGGUAUGGUAGUAGCAGCUCCUCCGUCGGCGAAAGUAUCAGGGAGGAGAGGAAGGACGACGGCGCCGCCUCCGAGCAGUCGGCGGACGACGUCGGCUCCACCAGGGUGAAGGUCGUGCAGCGUGCGCCUGAGCUGCCCAUGGACACGCCCCGGAGCUCUCUAGGGAGGAAGAAGCCGGAGGAGGAGGUCAUGUCGAUGAACCUUGGGCUGGGCGCGAGCCUGGUGCUGCUGCUCUCCAAGAGCGCGGUGGAGCUGAACAAGAUGGUGGAGCUCCGCGCGCAGAUGGAGACGCUCGUGUCGGAGAUCAGGCACGGGACCGUCGGGAAGGAGAAGCAAGGCGGCUCUGCUCCUGCUUAUGCUCCGGCCGCGUCGUCCUCCUCCUCCCAGGAAUCCACCGUGAUCAAGGACCCCAUCGCCCGCGCCGAGGACGCCCUGUCCGACAACUGCUCCGGCGCCCGGACCGCAGAUCGCCGCCAGCUUUCGGCCGCCGUCGUCGCGAUGGACCAUAACAAGAUGGAGGCCGAGCUCCAGAUCGAGCUCAGCCGCAUGCAGACGCAGCAUCGCGCCAUGCACGCGCCCAUGCGAGGGCUCGAGCUGCCGCCGCUGCAGGUGAAGACGACGAGGAGCGUGCACGUGUCCGUCGACGCGACGUCGAGGAGCUGCGUCGUCGACAACGCGGCGCAAGUGAACGCCGACGAGGAGGACGAGGAGGAAGAGGAUCAGCCCGAGGAGGACUACGAAGAGGACGAGGAGGAGGAGGACGAUGACGACGACGGUGGCGAGGUGGUGGACCGCGGCAGGAGCCCCCCGCACGGCGGCGUGUCGGCGCGCGCGCUGGAGCGGCGGCUGCACGAGCUGCUGCAGCGGCGGCAGCAGGACCGCAUCGUGGAGCUGGAGGCGGCGCUGGACGGCGCGCAGCGGCGGCUCCAGGAGCGGGAGCGCGAGGUGGUGUGGUGGCGCGACGCCGCCAAGCUCGUCUCCCACCGCCGCGACGAGUCCCGCCGCCUCAGGUGCACCGCCUCGGAGCCAGUCCGAUAAAGACGCGCGCACGCGUGCCGCCAGACCUCAGCUCACGUGUGCGUGGCAGCUCGCUAGCUAGUAAUGGCGGGUCAGCCGCCAUGUCAGGGUGUGCAGUUGGGUUUGUGGGGGGAGAGGAGAGGAGGUAUCGCGGUCACGCUGCGCGGGUGAAGCGGUGUUAAUAACAGCUCCCGAUCGAGCUCGGUUUGGCGCGCAAUCGUGCGCGCGCGCGGGCUCGGAGAUGGCGGGAAACGGGGUGUGGGGGCUGGUUUCGAUCGGUGGGGGCCGGGCGUGUGGUCUGCGCUGUAAUAAACCAUUCUUCAGAGUUUUGUUUCAGCUGUCCUGCUGCUCGAUUGAUUGCUUGUUUCGUUCUGCUUCCAAAUUCUGCGAGGGAAAGAAAAACCGGGGCCAGGUUUCCGAAUUUGUUCUGAGCUCUGUUGUGUUCUGGUUCCAAAUUCUGCGAGGGAAAAAGAAAUGGGACCUGGUUUCUGA